CUCUGCCACGUAAUAGCUUAAACUUAGGCUUAUAUUCUCCGCUCCGGCUCUAUGAUUCUUCAGUUAAUCAAAUACUCACUCCACGAGAUGCAAUUUCUGAUCUAAGGCAGGUCGUUUCUCGUUGAACUUCACCCUCUCAUGUUCUGCGUCUUUUUCGUUAUUUAUGCAAAACCCUGGUUCCCAGCAGCUUGUGUAUGCAGUUUGUGAGAAUAUGGAUUUUGCGUGGAUACUUGAUUUUCUUCAGGGUAUGAUAAAGCCGGCGGCUGCCACGGCGGUGGUGCUAAUGGCUGUGUUGUUGUCCAUCUUUCAAAGGCUUGGAUUGGAGGGCGAGAUGAUUUAUUCCAUUAUCAGGGCGUUUCUUCAACUCUCUGUUAUUGGCUUUGUUCUUCAGUUCAUUUUUACCCAAGAAAAGAGCUUUUGGAUCAUUCUUGCUUACCUUUUCAUGGUGACAGUUGCCGGUUACACGGCGGGUCAACGAGCGAAGCAUGUACCUCGUGGGAAGUACGUUGCCGGAGCUUCUAUCCUGGCCGGAACUGCGGUGACCAUGUUUUUGCUUGUUAUACUAAACGUUUUCCCUUUCACUCCAAGAUACAUCAUCCCAGUUGCCGGAAUGAUGGUUGGAAAUGCAAUGACUGUAACCGGAGUAACAAUGAAAAGACUUCGAGAUGAUAUCAAGACACAAUUGAACCUGGUGGAGACAGCAUUAGCGCUGGGUGCAACGCCGCGGCAAGCAACACUUCAGCAGGUGAAGAGGGCUCUGGUUAUCGCUCUGUCUCCAGUGUUAGACAACGCGAAAACGGUGGGUCUAAUUUCCCUUCCUGGCGCAAUGACUGGACUGAUAAUGGGAGGAGCUUCUCCCCUGGAGGCCAUUCAGCUGCAGAUUGUAGUAAUGAAUAUGCUUAUCGGUGCGUCCACAGUUAGCAGUAUCAUGUCGACUUACCUUUGCUGGCCUGCCUUCUUCACCCCAGCAUAUCAGCUAGAAACUAAAGUCUUCAGUUCUUAAUGAGACCUAUAAAUUUGUUGGAUGCCUAUGAAAUUGAGGAUUCUAUAAAUUGUCACAUACAUGAAAUGUAUUCAUGUUUAAUAUAAUCCAUCUACGAUUGCUGUUGUAGAAGUCUUCCAUGAACGUCAUAGAAAUUCAAGAACUUUUCUUAGUUGCAGGAA